AUGUCGCGAAUGGCAAAGCGUUAUCAGGGAGUCCGAGCUAGACAAAUAUUGAACAUACUUAGGGGACUUGCGAACAACACGCAGCUUCAAACAUCUUCAUCUAACUCAGAUAUGCCUGAGCAAUUGAUACCUGAAAAGAAAACAAAAGCCUCUACGAACGACUACCUUAGACCAAAGAAGAGAAAAGUCACUAAAUCGUAUUCACUUUCAAACAUACCAAAGUAUAACCAUUCAAUGAAUCAACGACGUUGUUCUUCUGUUCCACCUACAAUUACAGUACAGUAUCGAAAACAAAAGGAUUUUCAUAUUUACAGUGAUAUUUGUUCUGUCGGUAGAGGAUGUAGUUUAUCGAUGUCGGCUCUCACUUGCGAUGAUACCAAAGAAUUUGGCAGGAAAAGAUGUUACUCAAUUCCACUUUCAUAUUUCAGUAUUAACGAAAAUACUCAGAUGAUAGAACCUGAACCUUCUAACCUAAUAGUCGAAAGUAGCUCCUACGAUGGGGACUAUUCGGGUGAUGACACUGACGUAACUUAUUGUCCCUCAGACUUGUGUCUUGGUUCAUACACCGUGCAAUCUUGGGUUAAAAAGUCGCGUAAUAGAGUAAUUCCUUGUCAGGAAGUUCAAAAUAUGGCCAGGGUUAAAACGCCACGAUCUGGAACUCUGCGAAAACUUUUAACCGCCCGUAGCUUUUUAGAUAACAUUCCCAAGCUACCGUCUCACUAUGCGAGAAAAGACUCGUCAAAGUUAUAUUUAGAACCAAUUUACCGUUCUUUGAAUGAUUUAUAUAGACAGUAUAAAGAGCACUGUACUCAAAACGAAGAGCCUGUGCUUUCUCGUUUCACAUUCCAGAAACUGUUUCACGAUAAGAAUCUCUCUUUAUACACGUUGAAAAAAGACAUGUGCGACAUUUGCAGUGGACAUGUAGUAGGAAACAUUAAUACAACCGAUUAUGAACAUCAUAUUAGACGCAAAAAUAGAGCGAGGCAGGAAAAGGAAACCGAUAAAAAGAAAGCUACAUCUGGUGAAUUCAUUUUGCUGUCUAUGGAUUUAGAGUCUGUAAAAGUAUGUCCUUAUAUAACUGCUAGUGCCCUUUACUUUAAGACAAAACUUACCUGUCAUAAUUUUACAAUUUAUGACCUGGUAACCCAUCAAGCCUCCUGUUAUUGGUUUGAUGAAACGUGCGCGGAUCUAACUGCUAGUACCUUCACAUCUUUUGUAUGCGAUUACCUCAAGAGAUAUUGUUUGCCCAAACCAUUACCCAUAGUUAUUUACUUAGAUGGGUGCACCUAUCAAAAUAGGAAUAAUAUCAUGGUAAAUGCUUUGUUGAACAUGAGUAUUGAACACGAAGUAUCUAUCACACAGAAAUACUUAGAGCCUGGUCAUACUCAAAUGGAGUGUGACUCAGUACAUGCUGCAAUUGAAAGAAAGUUAAAAAAUAGGGAGAUACAUCUUCCCAGUGACUAUAUUACUGUGAUGAAGGAGGCACGAAUAAAGCCUGCUCCGUAUGAAGCUAUUAUGAUCAAUUAUGAUUUUGCUAAGGAUUAUAGCAAUAAAUCGACAUGGAGGUACAGCAGCAUAAGACCGGGUCGAAAAGCUGGAGCCUCUUGUUGUUGA